CAGCUGCAAAGGAGGCCUGUCUUGUGUCUGUUGGAAUCACUCUGUUGAGAAAUGUUACAACUGCCUGGUGCUUACAGGAUAUUUUAAACGAGACUCAUCAUAGCAAUCCGUAGUUCAAAGUAGCCAGUUUGCUAGAUGGUGAAUCUCCCAUGCUUCGUUUUUGGAAGGAGAGUUCCUUGAGCACAUAAGACGUUUCUUCAUCUAACUAGAUUUUCAAAUUGUAUAGCUUUUGAGGCUGUGAGCUGUUUUAGGUCUCAGUCCUUGGAGAAAAGAAAGAAGAAAGCAGUAGAAGAAAGACCUGGGAGAGUGGGAAUAAAGCAUGACAGGGACAAAGAGAGAAAAGAAAAAUGCCAUCUGGAGAAAGAUCCAUGCCCUUCGCUUCGAGGACGUCAAACGGUGGUGUGUCAGGAGGCUACCUGUGUUGGAGUGGGCACCAAAUUACAACUGGAGAGCAGACCUGGUCCCCGAUACAGUUUCUGGGAUGAUGCUGGCUGUUCAACAGGUGACACAAGGGCUUGCCUUUGCUGUUCUCUCUUCAGUGCAUCCUGUUUUUGGAUUAUAUGGAGCUCUCUUCCCAGCUGUUAUUUAUGCCAUGUUUGGAAUGGGCAGGCAUGUUGCCACAGGAACCUUUGCUUUGACUUCCUUGAUAUCUGCCAAUGCUGUUGAACGUCUUGUUCCAUCUGUGAGGAACAAUUUCACAACAAACAAUACCUCUGCAGUCUUGGGUUUAUCUGAUUUUGAUAUGCAGAGGAUUGGAGUUGCUGCAGCGGUUUCAUUAUUAGGAGGGCUCAUUCAAGUAGCAAUGUUUGUGCUGCACUUGGGCAGUGCCACCUUCUUGCUCACGGAGCCAGUGAUAAGCGCAAUGACAACGGGAGCAGCAACGCACGUCGUGACUUCACAAGUGAAGCACCUCUUGGGAAUGAAAAUGCCGUAUAUCUCAGGGCCCCUGGGAUUCUUUUAUAUUUAUGCCUACAUCUUUGAAAACAUCAAAUCCAUUCAGCUGGAAGCUCUGCUGCUGUCGGUGCUGAGCAUUGGAGUCCUUGUUCUAGUGAAAGAGUUGAAUGAGAAGUUUAAAAAUAAAAUUAAAGUGGUUCUUCCUAUUGAUUUGGUUUGGAUAAUUGCGUCUUCUGUUGCCUCCUAUUCUACUGAUCUGAAAAACAGUUAUGGCUUGGAUGUUGUGGGACAUAUUCCAGAAGGCAUACCACCUCCGCAGCCUCCACCCAUGAACAUCCUCCCUGAAAUAGUUACGGAAGCAUUCAGUGUUGCACUAGUUGGCUAUGUUGCAUCGCUAGCACUUGCCCGCUCUUCAGCCAAAAAGUUCAACUACUCCAUGGAUGAUAAUCAGGAAUUGUUGGCUCAUGGCCUCAGCAAUGUCAUCCCUUCAUUUUUCUUUUGCAUCCCGAGUGCAGCAGCCAUGGGGCGUACUAUACUUCUCUACAGCACCGGAGCAAAAACUCAGGUGGCUUGUCUAAUAUCUUGCAUACUGGUGCUUGUGGUCAUCUAUGCAAUAGGACCGAUGUUGUGUUGGUUACCCAUGUGUGUUCUAGCAAGUAUCAUUGUAGUGGGGCUAAAAGGGAUGCUGAUGCAGUUCCGUGACUUGAAAAAGUAUUGGAAUGUGGAUAAAAUAGACUGGAGUAUAUGGGUUAGUACCUACGUGUUUACAAUUUGCUUUGCUGCUAAUGUUGGACUGUUGUAUGGUGUAGUCUGCACUAUACUGAUAGUGGUUUUCCGCUUUCCAAGAGCAACAACACUAAGUCUGAAACAGAUGAAAGAAGCAGAAUGCAGAUUCAAAACAGAAACAGAUAGUGACUCUUCACAACAAGUGAAAAUAGUUUCUAUAAAUAAUCCACUAGUCUUUUUGAAUGCCAAGAAGUUUCACAUGGAUAUAUCAAAAUUAAUCCAGAAGGAGAUCACUUGCAUGUAUCUACCUGAAGAUAUGGACAAGUUUGAACAGAACACAUUGCUCAGUCCAGUAUCUAAUGGAAAUUGUCACGGGGAGUCCUCAUUACAGCAGCGGACUGUUGAAAGGCAGACUUUAAUAUUUGAUUGCAGUGGUCUGACACUCUUUGACUACACUGGAAUCGCUGUACUUACUCAGAUCUACACAGAUUCCAAAAAAAGAAAUAUUGAUGUUUUGCUGGCAAAUUGUAAAGCCUCCUUGAUAAAGGCACUGAAGCUCAACAGUAGACUAGAAUCAGACAAUGCUGUCUUCUUUGAAUCAGUUUCUUCAGCCGUCGGUGCUAUUCAGUUCAACAGGAAUUUCUGCAAGCUUAAUGAACACACUGAAGUCUGAUGCCAGCCUGUGUUUAUAUAUAUAUAUUAUAGUAUAAUCUGUUGAACUGUUCAUCUGCAAAGGAACUAUACCAAAGUAUUUCUUCAGAUGUUUAAACAUGGAAAGUUGAGGGUGAUAAUUUAUAUGCCAAGUGUAUACCAACAGCAACAGUGUUUAUUUUUAUUGCUCCUGAAUUCUUUCUGAGUUCCCAUCAAGGACAGGUUUCCUUUUAAAAAAAAAUAAUAACCUUGUUUCUUCUUUGAUGGUUUCAUAUUUUUGUAUGCAUUUAGAUUUUAAAAGAAAAAAACUAGAAAGCAAUUUAGGAUAUUACCAUAAUGUAUAUUGUUUUAGCUCUGGCCUAAUUGUAAUUUAAUUGUAUCAUUUUGUGCACUAGAGAAUACAACAUUAUUGAAUUUUGUAGUGGAAUUGAUGGUAUCCAGUUCAAGAUAUGUGCCUUAAUAAAUGCAAACAGAAACUGUAAUACAAGAUCAUUUCUCCCUCUGAAAUACCCAGGACACACAUUAGAACAAUCACUCCAUGACUCUUUCACAUUUCAACCUCAAGUGUUGUUGUUUUUUUAGUGUUGCCUCUAUAUUGCACUGCAUUGUAAAUUUUUAAUUAAUUUAGAAAGCUGUCUCCACUAAAAUGACCAAAGUCAUAUGAUGGCUCAUCUGUUGGAGAAGUUGGACAACUUACUUUUUGACUACAGCCAAAGACUGUGUGGACUCUGAAGGAACAUCUCUUAUAAGCUCUGUUCUAUUGUUCUAAAUCAGUAGCAUUUAUUUCAACCAUUCUCAGCUUUGUUCUAUCCUGGGUGGGAAAUAAAUCCAUAAAGUUCUUUAAAGUCCAAUACAAUGGUUCUAGCAUACUGUUGUUGUCAUGCUGCCAAGACUUAUUUUAUAAUACCUCUAAGAUGAAAAUAACUGGAUUCACAUAGGAAUGCAGCUGCAUGUGGGACGUUGCAUAUUUUAGCAUGCAAUACCUGAUCUGAAUUUUCAAAUACCAUUUACACAUACAGGGACCCACAUGGCCAAACAGUUUGCAUGGCUAAGCCACAAUCUUUGAAUCACACAACCCUCCUUCCAUUCUUCUGUUCCAGAAACCAUAAGUAGGAUUCACCAUUGUUAUUUUAAGAUAGUUUUUUGAAGUAGUCCAAAUUGACUUCUGGUUUCUGAUCCUGGUGUCUUUAGCUAAUACAUUGUUAAAACAAACUGCCAUUUCUGGUUCAGAUGAAACAACAAACCGUACUUAGUUUAAUUUUUUUUUAAAAAGAUGCUUUCAUUCUUUUAAUGUCCAGAUUUCAUCCACAUGUAGCCAGAUAUUUUCUGAAGAUAGUGAUUUGAAACCAAAUUCCACAAUGUUUUCUGCAGCAUUUUGGCCAGUGCUGAAAAAUAGCUUUCCUCUCAAAAAUGUUUGUUUAGUUUUGUUUAAAUUGGUCUCACAUGAUCUCAGUGAUGUUGUUGUUUAGCUUAAUCUUAUUGGACACAUUCUGUCUAAAUGAUCAGCCAAGAAGAAAAGGCAGUAAUAACAGGAAAACUAAUUUGAAUUUCAUGGCUGCAGAGUAUUAUGACAUUAAUAUCUUGAAACAUUUUUGUAUCAAAAAUAGUUAGUUUCAAUCUAAAAAUUAAAGAAGGAUAUUAGCCUCAAAUAAAGUAUUCAACACUCA